GUGAGCGUCCGGGGCUCUCGGGGCCGCCGCUCCCUCAGGGCGGCGGCGGACAGACCUGGUUCCCAUGACAACGGCGGGCGGGGGCGCGGGGGCUCGCCCGGUUCCGACGCUCUCGGCGGGCCGGCGUCAGGCGGCGGCUUGGGCGGACCCGGCCCCUUCUCCCUCGCCGCCUGCGGGAGAAGCCGCGGCCUGAGGCCGGCCUGGAUGCUUCCGCUGGGGCAGAUGCUCACAGCCUGUCCCGCUGGCCGCCUUUGUACGUCGUGCUUAAUUGAUUUGAUUAUUGUUCCCUUACGGGACGCCUUGCUGACAGCCUCAUUGCUCGGUGGACACGGUGAAAGCAGAACCUGAGCAUUGCUGUGCUUUCGGGCAAAGUGCGAGACGCGUCGCCUCCUCUCCCAGUGUGUUUUAGUUGCUCCAUGGAUUCCUGUGGGCAGCUCAGAGCAAAAGAUAAGCAGUCGGUGAUGAACAGAAUGCAGAAGAAGUACUGGAAGACUAAACAGGUCUUUAUCAAAGCCACUGGAAAGAAGGAAGACGAGCAUGUGGUUGCAUCUGAUGCAGAACUGGAUGCUAAGCUUGAGGUUUUUCACUCCAUCCAGGAGACAUGCAAUGAACUUCUGAAGAUAGUUGAGAAAUAUCAGCUAAGACUCAAUGUUAUAUCAGAGGAAGAAAAUGAACUCGGGCUCUUUUUAAAGUUCCAAGCAGAACGGGACACCACUCAAGCUGGUAAAAUGAUGGACGCAGCUGGCAAGGCUCUGUGCUCUUCAGCCAAGCAAAGAUUGGCCUUGUGCACUCCCCUCUCUCGUCUUAAGCAAGAAGUAGCAACGUUUAGCCAGAGGGCCGUUUCUGACACUUUGAUGACCAUUAAUCGUAUGGAGCAGGCUCGCACGGAAUACAGAGGAGCCCUGCUGUGGAUGAAGGAUGCAUCCCAGGAGCUCGACCCAGACACCUUAAAACAAAUGGAAAAGUUUAGAAAAGUACAGAUCCAAGUGAGAAAUAGCAAAGGUUCUUUUGACAAGUUAAAGAUGGAUGUCUGUCAGAAAGUGGAUCUGCUUGGAGCCAGUCGCUGCAAUAUGCUGUCUCAUUCUCUCGCUACUUACCAGAGAACAUUGCUUGGGUUCUGGGAGAAAACAGCUCAAAUGAUGUCCCAAAUCCAGGAGGCCUGUGCUGACUUUCAUCCAUAUGACUUCAUCGCUCUCAAGCGACUACAAGACAAACCAGGCAAUGUCACUGCAGACAACAAGGAAGAAGAACCGGAAGGCAGCUGUCUUACUGCAAACCUCAACAAGGUAGCUUUAUCAGAAGAGGAAGAAAGCGGUGAGAGAGAACCAGCAGUGGCAAAAGCUCUGCCUAGAGACUCGCUGGAAGGAGAUGACUUUGAGAAGGAAUUCGCAUUUCUGAACAGCCUCCUGAGCCUUACCCAGGAAUGCCAGACAGCCUGCGGGAGCCCCAGUGCUGGCCUCGCAGCCCAGGACCCUCCGGUGGGAUCCUCCCAGUUCCUCCCUUCACACCUCUUGGACCUCGGCCUUCAUGCGGAAGGAGUUUCCAAAACCCCCAACAAUGGUAACCAAGACAUGUCAGCCUGGUUCAAUCUAUUUGCAGACUUGGAUCCGCUCUCCAACCCAGACGCCAUCGGACACUCAGACGAUGAACUUCUCAACGCCUGACUGGGGCCCCAGGUUCAGGGGUCUCAAGGCAGCAACUGUGCAGCACUGGCCUUUGUGGAGAGGAGUCUCACUGCCACCACACACAGACACGUGUUCAGGGCAGGACAGAGGGUCUGGUGUCUGAGAAGCCUGUGUAUUUAUUGUGCUGGACGUGAAAGCUGUUGAUUGUAUGUGGAAAUUUUUAGAAACUCCCGAGUUUGCAAUACUGAGAAACCAAACUUAGGUCUGAAUCUCAGGAGCACGGCGUGUUUCUUUGGGAAGUGUUUUACAUUCAAGUCAGUUUGCUGUGAGUGGGUUAGGAAUGGGAUAUAAAGCGGUGAUCAUUUGGGGUUAGUUUUUUGAUACUGGCGGUGUUUUCUGUUCGGGGGAACAGCAACAGAAUAGAAAGCUUUUUCCCUGAUUACA